AUGGCCUCCGCUCUCCGAUACAGCGCUAAGAUGCGCAUGGCAGCUCGUGUCCCUGCUGCUCGUGCUCUCUCGACCAGUGCCCGUCUCAGUGCGGCCGAGAAGCCCUUUUUCCCCAACGAGCCCUCUGCCCCCGUUGUCUCGACCGCCAUCCCUGGUCCCAAGAACAAGGCCGCCACCGCUGAGCUUGAUCAGGUGUUUGAUGUUCGCAGCAUCAACAUGCUGACUGACUUCAACAAGUCCAUUGGUAACUACAUUGUCGACCUUGAUGGCAACAAGCUGCUCGAUGUCUACGCUCAGAUCGCUUCCAUCCCCAUUGGAUACAACAACCCCCACCUCGCCGAGCUCUGGGUAACUUCCCCCCCCUCUGAUUGGGCUCACAUCCUGAAGACCGGUGCCCUCCGGGCUGCCCCCAAGGGCCUGAACCAGGUCUUCACUGCCAUGGCUGGUUCCGAUGCCAACGAGACCGCUUACAAGGCCGCUUUCAUGUACUACCGCCAGCUCCAGCGUGGUGGUCCCGAAGUUGAGUUCACCGAGGAGGAGCUCAUGUCCACCAUGAACAACGAGGGCCCCGGUUCUCCCCAGCUUUCCAUCUUGUCCUUCAAGCAUGCCUUCCACGGGCGUCUUUUCGGCUCCUUGUCCACAACCCGCAGCAAGGCCAUUCACAAGAUGGAUAUCCCUGCCUUCGACUGGCCCCAGGCUACCUUCCCCAUGCUGAAGUACCCUCUGGAGGACCACGUCCAGGAGAACGCCCAAGAGGAGCAGCGCUGCCUCCAGGAGGUUGAGCGCCUGAUCAAGGAGUACCACAACCCCGUUGCUGCCGUCAUGGUCGAGCCCAUCCAGUCCGAGGGUGGUGACAACCACGCCUCGCCUGCUUUCUUCCAAGGUCUGCGUGACAUCACCAAGCGCACUAACGUCCUCUUCAUUGUCGACGAGGUGCAGACUGGUGUUGGUGCCACCGGUAAGUUCUGGGCUCACGACCACUGGAACCUGGACACUCCUCCCGACAUGGUCACCUUCUCCAAGAAGGCCCAGACUGCUGGUUACUACUUCGGCAACCCUGCCCUGCGCCCCAACAAGCCUUACCGCCAGUUCAACACCUGGAUGGGUGACCCAGCCCGUGCCCUGAUCUUCCGCGGUAUCAUUGAUGAGGUUGAGCGUCUCGGCCUGGUCGAGAACACCCGCAUCACCGGUGACUACCUGUACGCUGGUCUUGAGCGCCUUGCCCAGAAGUACCCUGAGCACUUCCAGAACCUCCGUGGUAAGGGCCAGGGUACCUUCAUUGCCUGGGAUACCCCCAAGCGUGACCAGUUCUUGGUCAAGGCCAAGUCUGUUGGUGUCAACAUUGGUGGCAGCGGUGCUAACGCCGUUCGCCUGCGUCCCAUGUUGGUCUUCCAGCAGCACCACGCUGACAUCCUCCUGGAGAGCCUUGAGAAGAUCAUCAAGCUCCUCUAA